AUGUCGAAGCAGGUGUUAGAUUCUGUAGACUCACUGUCGGUUCCUUCUGAGCCUCUUCAUAUUGGAAAUUGGUUCUCGAGCUAUGCGUAUGAUUCGCCGGUGUUGAGUGAGAUUGAUGAUUUUCAAGAUUCGGGAGAUGGCAGGAAAAGAAAGAAAGCUGAUUCCUUGCAUUGUGGUGAGAAUGUAGCUUCACAAGGAGAUAUCAAACUUCCAACUAAGGUUUGGAGAGCUUCAGAUGAUAUCCCAUUUUCUUCUGUGCUAUCAGAGCCUUUAGAUACCAAGGACUGUUUCUCAAGUUUUGUGCCUGAAACUCCCCUAUUGGCUGAUAGUGAUGAUACUAUAGUCCCUGAAUCAAUUGACAUCAGUUUCAAUGAGGAUACUAGCUCCAGAGGAUGCAAAGAAGACAUCAACAGCAGGGAGGAAGAUAAUUCUGCUGAAAAUCAAACAAAUGGGAAAAGCAACAGUUUGUCUUCUGGAGGCAAUAUGGCAUCAAAAGACCUUGAGCAGUGUACAAAUUCUGUUGCAGAUAACAAAUGGGAUGUGGAGUCUUCAGAUGACAUUUCACUUGCUUCAGAGCCUCCAGACAUCCGGAACUGGUUCUCUAGCUAUGUUUAUGAAUCUCCAAAAGUGGAUACUAUUCAAGAUUCCAUACUUCCAGAUCAUGAGAAAGAAUUAGAUGACAAAGUGUGUACGAAUGGAUAUAGUGGCGGUGAGGAACCUCAGAAUUUUAGGAAUUCAUUAGGAACUCCUUUUAUCCAUGAUGACAAGUAUGAGCAUCAAACUGCCUCAAAGGAUCAGGAGGCUGAUUGGACAAAGAACACAAGAAUAUCCAAUGGAAUGUCUCAUGAGAGGAUUUCUCAACAGACACUAAAUCACAAGACAACGGAGAAUAGCAAUUGUGGUUCACCAAGAGACAUUGACAUGGUCUUCAAAGAGAGUGAUGGAGAACACUUGGAGACCAUUUUUCCUCAAGAAGUUAACUGCAAAGUAUCCUGCACCAUCGAUCAUUCAAGCUGUGAAGGUGAAAAAUUAUACAGACAUCCAAUUCACAGGAAGGAUUCUGCAGAGAACAGUUCGAAAUCUAAAGAUAGUGUUGAACCUGCUGAUGAUGUGCAAUCUAAAAAUAGGAUGGAGAUAAGUGUGUUAAGUCAGAAGUUAUCCAAACGGAAAGCAGCAGAAAUCAUCCACAAAGAAAAUCACCUAAAUGACUUUGGAGAGAAUGGUUUUAUAACAACCAGAAAGAGUAGAAAUAGUCAAGUGCAGAACAAAAGUCCUUUGCCAACGCCAGCUGCAGUUCAGUCUCCUUUAAGUGGAGUCACUGUUGCAUCAAACUGCCACAAGCAGGGUUUGACUAGAAAGGUACUCACAGAAACAACCAACUUGCAUCCUAGUGCUUUGGAAACAACAGGAAAAUGGCGGUGCCCCCAAAGGACUAAGCCAAAUAUUGGUCCUCCUCUAAAGCAGCUUCGACUAGAGCAAUGGGUUCGUCGAGCUUAAGUCUAAUACAUUCUUAUGAAGAGAAAAUGGAUAUCAAGAAUGGCAGAAUUCAAAAGAGGUUUUUGCAUGUUAGCUAGUGAAAGAUGUGAGAACAAGACUUGGCACAAUGCUAGAGUUACUAUA